AUGCUUUCUGAACGCAAGGCUAUGGAUGCUGGCAAGCGUCCUGCCUUCCACGACGGCCAUGCAGCACCGUUGAUCCAGAUACUCGCCUGGCUAUUUCUAGCUUUCUCCACAUUAGCUGUUGUAGCGCAAUUUGCGACGAAGAAAGCCAUGCCUAGGCGACUGGUAGCUGCGGACUUUGUUCUGCUAGCGGCUCUGGUGUUGUCGGCGGGACAAGCCGCGACACUUCUCAGUCCAGCUGGUCAGGCUAUUGGUAACGUACAAGCUGGCCUUACGACAGAUCAGAUUGAUGGGGCCUGGAAGGCUUUAUUCAGCAGCGAGAUCCUCAGCGUCCUUACGAUUGUUGCCGCCAAAGGCUCGCUACUUGUCUCUCUGACAUUGGUGACGCCCGUUGCUAGUCAUCAGAGGAUGAUGUAUGCCACUGGUGUUGUGACGCUGCUUUGGGGGUUUAGUGCCGUUUUCCUCAUUGCCUUCCAGUGUCCGUCACCACGAAGAUGGGAUAUAACCAACCCAGAGUGCAUAGAUCUUCGCGCCGUACGAACCUACAAUGCUGUCAUGAACAUCACGACCGAUCUUGCCCUAGCCAUCGUACCUACGUUGAUGGUGCUACCGCUGCAAAUCACAUCCGAUAAAUGCCUUACACUAAUCACAUGCUUCUGGUCGCGCAUAGCCGUCAUAUUUGCCUCGGCCGCCCAAAUCGGAUACAUCCACACCCUACCCCUACCCAGCGACCUCCUCCAUUCGAUAUGGCGCAUAGUCGUCUGCGGACAGAUAGUGCAAGUGACGAGUAUCAUGACUGCGACGAUUCCCUUCCUGAAGCCUUUCAUGAUGAGUCUCGACUCGGGUCUACUUAGCGCAAAUCAAGCUUGUGUUGCGACGACAUCCGGCUUUACCUCCACAGGGCAUGCGGGCCAAUUGUCGAGCUACAUCAAGAUUGCUAGUCAGGGCAGUCGCAACCCAUCUUCUACCAGAGGAGAUAAGGAUGCCGAUAUCUGGGUGCGGAAGGAGGUUGUAGUGAAAAGAGAGCCGAGUAUUGAGUUACGUGGCAUGGGAAGGAGUAGGUAA